AAAGUAUAUACGCACUGUAUACAGAAUUUAUCAGUGCUAACUUAAUACAUCAGUUUUGCCAGUCAGUCAACGAUUAUCCGUCAUGGAGCGAGGAGGCUGAAGCAAUACUAACCCUGCCAACAAAUUUAAUCAAUAAUAGGUCUCAUAAUUAAAUCAAUCAGUUUUCUCAAGAUCUAACAUGACUCCUUUGAAUCAACCCCGUUUAAGUGUUAUCCAACCCAACCUGAAUCUAAACCUACUCCAGGGUAGUGAGAGGAGUGAGAGAAAGAGUGAAAACAUCUCUGAACCUUCUAAACCUUUACAUCGGUUCACUCAGCAUGCUACCGCUAAAUUAUUCUCCUCAUCUAAGAACGGAGAAAAAAACUAUCCUGUCUCUUUUUCCGGUUCUCACAUCAGUACUCCCCUUCCCCCCCUCAUUAAACUGGAGAGGAUAAAACCUGGACAACGUGGGGGUAAAAUCCCCCAUGUAGUUCAACCUAGAUCUCCAGUAAUCCUAGGAAAGGAUACAAUAUUAAACCUGUCCAGGAAAGACGGAGAAGGAAUAAAGAAAUCCGAGAUUAUAAAUCCCAAACUUAUCCUUGAUAGGAUUAAAGCAGGAGAAGAGAUCUUUUUUCAAAACUAUGGAGUUCGUAAAAUCUCCGGGUAUCCAGGUUCACCUGGAAGGUUCAGAAUUGAGAAAAUAAGGCCAGAAUUGGACCAAGAAACAAGGAGCAACAAGCAAUACCCGGAGAUAAGUCUCAAAAGAGCUCAUGCGCCUGAUUUUAGAAACCACACCGCGACCAGACAUGUUAAGCGGUACAAAGAAGUAAGCCUUGAGAAGGUUGGAAGGGAUAGGGUUAAUGUUCAUCCUUGUUAUCCAGACGUGGUUCCAUCGUUAGAUAGAAUUCCAUUACCCCCGAACUAUCCCGAUCCUGAAUUCCGUAAGUGCAAUGAAUUUCAAGGAGGAAAACUAUUUAAACCGUCUCCAGUAUAUCCUAGAGCAGAGGAGAACCUAUCUCCAGUAUAUCCUAGAGCAGAGGAGAACCUGUCUCCAGUAUAUCCUAGAGCAGAGGAGAACCUGACUCCAGUAUAUCCUAGAGCAGAGGAGAACCUGUCUCCAGUAUAUUCUAGAGCAGAGGAGAAUCUGUAUCCAUUAUGUCCUAGAGCAGUAGAGAACCUGGAAACCAGGGUUCAGAGCUUACUAGAUUCUCUUCUCUACGGAAUACAGGAUCGAAAUCGAGCACUUUUUGGAGAUUUAUCAGCUAAUAGAAGUAUAAGUGGCGAGCAGCGCCAGAUUUCACCAAUUCCCGGCCUGACGAGACAUUUCUGGACUGAUGCUGAGUCUUUCCCUAGUAGAGAGAUUAGUCCCAUACAGGGGGUAGAGCCGGUUCAAAUCAAGACAGAGAUGGUGGAAGAGGACGAGAAGGAGGAGGAUAAUGGGAAGAAGGAUGAGAAGGAGGAGAAGGAGGGGGAGAAUGGAGAGAAGGAGGAGAAUGGAGAGAAGGAGGAGACAGAAGAUGAUGAAAAAGGGGAUCUCGUUAUUGCAGAAACAGAAAGGGAGACCGAGCUGCUGGGGUGCCAGGAGAUACCUUUCACGGAGGGGUUCCUGGUCGCCUGCAACUCAGAGAAGUUCCACGAUCUAAUGAAGACGACAACACUCACACAAAAACAAAUAACAAUCUGCAAGGAUAUCCGUCGACGAGGAAAAAAUAAGAUUGCAGCGCAGAAUUGUAGAAAAAGAAAGCAGGAACAUUUUGACAGGUUGACCCUAGAGAUUGAACAGCUGAGAACCAAGAAGAAGGAGCAGUUAACUCUUCAGCAAAAUCUAAUUAGGGAUGAAAAACUGAUUAAAUCCAAACUGAACAGUAUCAGCAAAAUAAUCUCUUGCGUAUCAGUCGAUAACUCUAGGAAGAGAAAUCAGCGCACCCAGCCGAAAAUUUCAGUAAGAGAAACCAGCUCACCGAAUUAAAGUGAGAAAUAUUAGAAAGAUAUAAAAUUACGGAAUUCUUAAAAAGACAUUUUCUACUUGAUCUGGCUUUGCAAUAUUUUUCUGUGAUUUAUAUAUUAUGUGAUAACUGUGAUAUUAUAAAUUAUAUAAAAAAUUUAUCAAACUUUUUUAUAAUUUUAAUUAAACAAAUUUUUUUUAACCCUAUCUAGAAAAUAACUGAAUAUGGCUAAACACUAGACUCAAAACCAAAUCUUUGAAACCUUAUUCCUAACUAUAAAAUUCUGUUUGAUCGAACAGUUUACACAUUUGAAAAUUAGAGUUUUGAGCAAGUAUGUUAUAGUUCCUUGAGAAUAUAUCCACUGUGACAUAAAGGCUUUACAAUUCGCAAAUAUACAUUAUUAAGGCUGCAAAAAGGAAUUUAUGAUCUGGAGCGGUAAAAUCAAAGCCCAAGGCGUUGCGACCCUUCAAAAUUGGCCCUAUCUUGAAAAUUAAUAACUUUUCAUAGAUGGCUAAGUCUAUGUUUAUCAAUUAUAAGUCCAAACAGACUUAUUAAAGUGCUUCAUGAAUUUAUUAAUUGAAAUCAGGUUUUGAAACGUUUUCCUUCUUCGAACACAGCUGUUUUUACAAACUACUAAUACCCGACCUAAUUAAUAUAUAUAUUAAAUAUAUAUA